ACCAAGGAGAUCCUCUCGUCCUGUUUGGUCAAUGAACCGCUACUAUGUAACAUUCUGAAGCAUUCUGAGACGCCGAUGCUGUAAUACUCACGAUAGGUUUAAUAGAUUCCCUUCGUAUUGUCAACCAAGGAAGAUCCUCUGCAGCAUCGAGAAUCAUUCAAGGGUCUCUGCCUUGGAGAGCAGCUCCUAGCGACUUGGCCCAUCGUAGAUCUCCCCUGACUCUUUGGAACAGGGCUGUAAAAUGAUGUUCUCUUUAUUCGUGAUUACCUUGCUCGUUUCGACUUCUUCUCUUCUUGUUUAAACAUUUUUUGCUUUCUAUUUGAUGUAAAACUAUUGUCAUUCGUUUCUUCGCACCAGGUGUGCCUUUCUAUUAUUAUCAUUAUUAUUGUUAUUAUUAAAUCAACAUGUCAAAAGCAUACCAAACAGUCGCUCCGGACGAAGAGCCUUUUCUUGCUAAGGAAGAAGGGGUAGUAGAUGAGCAAUGGACGGAGAGCAGACAGAGCAAAUCUAUACUGGACCGCCUGGAAAGAUUGAGCCCACAUUGGGCUUGGUUAUGUCACGCCGUUCUAUUAUCACUUUCUCUAACAUUUUUCGCGUUAUCAUUCUGCUCGAAAGCUUCAAAGAUGACAGACGCGGAGUAUACAGAAAAAUACUCAGCCUGGUCACCGGCUGCUAGUGCUGUGAAGUACGAGACGCAACAUUUCGACUUGCCUCCCUUUACGGAAGGACCCUUCGUUGGUAUGGGCGAUGAUGUGGAUAAGGCAUGGGAUGAGAUUUCAGCUAUCGGUGACACGAUGAUAUCUCGCGACGAGAUGGUAAAACUAGGUCUAAAUCCCGACACUUCCCUUGCCAUCACCGACCCGAGAGAUGGGAAGCCGGGCUAUCGGGUCGCAAUCGAGGUAUUCCACCAACUGCAUUGCUUGAACCUACUGCGACAGAACCUGUAUAAAGAAUACUAUUCACCACUGGGAGGGGAUACAUCCGAUGCGCCCGAGGAUCUGACGGGCCAUCUUGACCACUGCAUCGACGCACUGCGACAAUUCGUCAUGUGCCAGGGCGACAUUGGUGUCUUCAGCUUCCACUAUCCGAUGGGCGACGAAGAUCCAUGGCCGAACUACAGCACGCCGCACACGUGCAGAAAUUUCGACAGCAUCCGACAAUGGGCUGUUGACCAUACAGUCCCGAGGGGACCUGACGAGCCGGAGCACUGAGAUAGGUAUCUUCUUCGAGUAGAUCUGUAUAUAUGUGUAAUGACAAGCUAUUGAAUGAGCGAUUUUAUUCUCUAAAUAUAUUAAGACCGAGUGAGACAACUGCCGUAAGCCGUAAUGAGCCACAUUAUGUGAACGUUGACGUGGCUUUUAAGUGGCAGAACAACUUGAUUGUUAUACCUAUGUAAGAUUGAAUUAAAGAGCGAGCUGUCCUCAAUGCUGUAUUGAAUAUUGAAUGUAGAUACCUACCUAGGUAACAUU